AUGGAUACCAACAAAAAGCAAGCAUGGUCUUCUUCUUCAUCAUCAACUGUAAAAUUUGAUCAACUUUUCGGCCCCAAAGAGUCUUCGCCGACUUCAUCUUCCUCCGUGUUUGGCUCCAUUUUUCCACCACCACCACCACCCUAUGUGGAGGGAAGAGGAUCAAGAGCUCAAGAAUUGGGAAGCAAAAAUCUUGGAACACUAGGAAAUUCUAAUAGUAACAAGAAUACCAGCAGCAAUUAUCAGAAUGUGACAGGGGAACCUAGCUACUUCAGCUCUUCAAUCCACUAUGGUGGUCAAGAAAAUUAUUCCUCAAGAAACAGGACCACUGAAUCCCACCAUGUUUUGAAGAAAGAUAAGAAUCAUGGGGAUUUCAAUGGCAACAAUUCAAACACUGCUUCAAGAGGAGAUUGGUGGGAAGGUUCCCUUUAUUACUAA